GGUUAUUACAGUUCUUUAGAAAAAACCUUGUCAGUCUCGCUUUUCCUUCAAUAGCCAUUAGUUGCAUUUGGCUGGAUUGGAGCCACACCAGAAAGUGGAAAGCACUGACUGCAGCAGGAAGAGAACAGAGAGACGAAUAGGCAAGAUGGGUUUAUUUGGAAUCACUCGUCAAUAUUUAUGGUUUGCAGUGCCGAUUUCUGGUUUUCUUUUUGGAAAAUAUUUGGAUGAUCAAGAAACUCUACGUUUGACAAACUUUAGAGAUAAAUCAGCACUUUAUGGUGGCAAUGUUAAGGAGUGUGAUAAACCAUCAUGGCCAUGAUUAUAAUAUAAUUAUAAUAUUUAAUUAUAUAGGUUCAGCAAUGGAUUAAAUAAAGUUAGAAAACUGAA